AACAAGAUGGAGUUCAAAGCUCGUCUUUGUCUUGUCUUUUUGCUCUCGUUCGCUCUCGUUAGCUCAGCUCAAAUCAUGUCCGAUUCAGUUUCAGGAAAACAAGCAACUGAGAUUGUGAUAAACGACUACUCUGAUCCUGGUAAAAAUCCUACUCUUAGUCCAGUGGUGCCGAAGCAAUUUCCUCCUCCACCACCAGAUUUUAAAGCUUUUGUGAUAAACGACUAUUCUGAUCCCGGUAAAAAUCCUACUCUUAGUCCAGUGGUGCCGAAGCAAUUUCCUCCUCCACCACCAGAUUUUAAAGCUUUUGUGAUGAACGACUAUUCUGAUCCCGGUAAAAAUCCUACUCUUAGUCCAGUGGUGCCGAAGCAAUUUCCUCCUCCACCACCAGAUUUUAAAGCUUUUGUGAUAAAUGACUAUUCCGAUCCCGGUAAAAACCCUACUCUUGGUCCAGUGGUGUCGAAGCAAUUUCCUCCACCACCACCUGAUUUUAAAGCUUUUGUUGUUGCCAAUGACCACAUUAACACGGAGCCCUAA